UUAGACCUGGUAAUAGAAUGGAAUACUCUCUCUACAAAAUCAUGAUAGGUUAGCCUAAAUACAAUAAACAAAACGCUAAGUCCUUUCCAUCAUUAAUUGUUUGUUAUUCCUCGAUUUGUACAAGUCAACUUUCGAACGUAAACAAGAAUCCUGGUUUUAAAGCCCUUUUCUUUGCAACUAAAACCAAAUCUUUCACGAGGCUCUCCCAUAGGCAGAGACAGAUGGAGGGAGACGUCACAUACGUUAUGAGAUAUUGGAUGGAAGGAGAAAUUAACACCUUCAUCAAGGUAUGGAUUUCAGCCUAUUUAUCUCUAUGCUACUGCUAUUUUGCCGGCAAGAUGUUGCCCAAAGGCCACCGUAGACUCGCCGCUUUCCUCCCGGUGAUGGCCCUCUUCCCCCUCCUCCCGCUGCAGCUCCACUCCCUACACCUCGGCGGCAUCACCUCCUUUUUCCUGGCCUGGCUCACCACCUUCAAACUCCUCUUGUUCGCCUUUGACCAAGGCCCUUUAUCCAUUCCUUCAAUCUCCCUCCCAAGAUUUCUUGCCGUUGCUUGCCUUCCCAUCAAACUUAUUCAACCUUCAAAAUCCCGAGAAAAUGGAAAAAUUCACUCUGAAAAGGGCCACAAAUCUUUCUUGAACUACGCCAUUAAGGCCCUCUUGUUUGCCUUAAUAAUCAAGAGUUAUGACUACGAAGACCACAUUCAUCCAAGAAUCAUCAUGGUGAUGUACUGUUUCCACAUAUACUUGUCCUUAGAGAUUAUACUUGCCAUUGCUGCAGCCAUGGCUCGCGGCUUGCUUGGGGCGGAGCUCGAACCGCAGUUCAAUGAGCCGUACCUCUCGACUUCGUUGCAAGAUUUCUGGGGCCGCCGGUGGAACCUCAUGGUAACUCGUAUACUCCGCCCAACCGUAUACCUUCCGGUGCUCGACUGGUCAAGUUCGAUCCUGGGCCGGGAAUGGGCUGCGCUGCCGGCCGUGAUGGCCACUUUCAUCGUCUCGGGCCUGAUGCACGAGCUCAUAUUCUACCAACUCGGCCGCGUGAAGCCCACAUGGGAAAUCACUUGGUUCUUCGUGUUGCACGGCGCGUGUUUGAUGGUCGAAAUAGUUGUGAAGAAGGCGGUAAAUGGCCGAUGGCGGUUGCCAAGGCUCAUCGGAACGAUCCUGAGCAUUGGACUCGUGAUGGUAACAGGAUCCUGGCUUUUUUUCCCACAAUUGUUGCGGUGCAAAGCGGAUGAGAGAGGGUUGGCGGAGCUCGCGGCAAUCGGCACGUUUGUGAAGGACAUCGUUCGGGCUUUAAAUUUUACGGUCAACACAUAUAUUUCCUUUUCUUAAAUAUAUAUUUUCACUUUUA